GACACGCUGGCUUUACAGCGCUCGAGCAGUCUUAAGAGUCUCGUCGGACGUGCCUGGAGUGGUGUCAGCUUGUCUUCCUGUGGUCAAAAUGUGUGACAAACCCGACCUGUCUGAAGUGGAGAAGUUUGACAAAAAGAAGCUGAAGAAAACCAACACGGAAGAGAAGAACACCCUUCCUUCCAAGGAGACUAUUGAACAGGAGAAGGAAUGUGGGAAGACAUCAUAGAGAUGGCCGUUGAUGCGAAGUGCCCAUUCUCUCUUCCUCACUCUUCUUUGCGUUAACUUUUUUUUUACAACAAUGUCUAUUGUAUUAAAUGCUGCAGCUCCCAUUGUGACCAUCCCACCUCCACUGCUUUGGAUCCCUUGGAAGCCGUGUCACCGGCUGGCUACUUCUCCCUUGCGCAGCCGCUGCCUCCUCCGGGUGUUGAUGUCGCUGCCUGUUUCAGCAAGGAGAGAACGGAACAGUACAGAAGAGGGGAUCCGGGGCUCCCAUGGCUCAGACAUCUCUCCUUCCUGCCCCGUCUAGCCCAGUAGGGCAAUUUCAGGGGCUGAGAGACCUGUCCACUGUAUUUGCUCACUAAUUGUUUUUGCAGCUCUGUUUGAUUUGUCUUCC